CAAAAUUUCCGUUAGGUUUAAUCCAGGAAGUAAACCGAAUGUCAGGGUAAAUCUGGGAGAAAAAAAAAAAAAAAAAAGGAACAUGAUGAUGGUGUUAUCUGAAUAUGUUCAUGAUGUAGUUCAGCAACAUACGAGAUAAGAAAAUGAAUGAUACGUUACUCCUAUACGUUAUCAUAUACAUCUUGCCUGGCAGCCUUUAUUCAGAAUACCAGAACCAUCUGGCUUUAGAUUUAUUGAUUGCGAUCUGAAAAUUCUAAGCAUCUGAGGAAGGGGGGUCAAACCUUUUUUUGCAAACAGCAUUUCUAAUGAAUUAUGGAAGGAGUAUUGUACAAGUGGACAAACUACAUCACCGGUUGGCAGCCACGCUGGUUUGCAUUGGAUAAUGGAAUACUUUCGUAUUAUGAUUCUGAAGAUGAUGUUUGCAAAGGCAGUAAAGGGAGUAUCAAGAUGUCUGUGUGUGAAAUUAAAGUUCACCCAGCAGAAAAAUCCAGAAUGGAGCUGAUUAUUCCUGGGGAACAGCACUUCUAUGUGAAAGCGGUCAAUGCUGCUGAAAGACAGAGGUGGCUUGUGGCCCUAGGAAGUUCAAAAGCAUGUUUGACUGACACCAGAACAAAAAAAGAAAAAGAAAUUAAGGAAAGCACCGAGUCUCUGAAAACGAAGAUGUCUGAACUGCGAUUAUACUGUGAUUUAUUGAUGCAGCAGGUCCACACAAUACAGGAAUCAGUAAAUCAGGAGGCAAACCACACAUCACCCAGCACUGAGAACAUGAAUGAAGCCUCCUCUCUACUGAGUGCCACAUGCAGUACUUUUAUUACAACACUUGAAGAAUGCAUGAAGAUAGCAAAUGCCAAGUUCAAGCCAGAAAUGUUCAAGUUAUCUCAUCCUGAUUCUGUUGUCUUUCCAGUUUCACCAUCCCCUGUACAAAUGGUUCGGAAGAAACACUCUGUGAGCCAUCCUCGUAGCUACAGCUUUGAAAGGAUAAGCCACUCACCAAAAACUUCACUCCAGCAAUUAUCGCAGAGACCAAACAGGACUUAUUCUGACACGGAAUCACACAGUGAUAGCUGCACUGAAGAUGCGGACAGGACUGCGCAGUGUUCAAAUACCUUUGUCAAUGGGGAUUUUGCACCAGUGACUAUCCCAGAGGAAACCAGUACUGCUCCAAGGAAAAUAUCAGACACUCCUGUUCUAGUGCUAUCAUCCUGAAACUAAUGGGAGCCUUUCAUCAACCUUUUACAAACAAACUGCUAUGCAAUCUCAGCUGGCAUUGCAGUACUUCAUAAUGGAAAGUACUGUAUUAUUUCACUUAGAAGAAUUUCUUUGCACUUUAAAGAAUAAUGUAAAAGCGUAAACUUGUUUUUUAGAGAAUCACCCAAUUAACACGAGGGAAUAUCAAUGUGAGUUUCUAAUAGUGGUAUUACGUAUUCAGUCAAGAGGACACACAUGUACAGCUCUUGAUGACUUAAAAGGUUUGAUAAAUGUGCCAAGAACCAAUAAAUAAUAACACGAUAAGGCUAUUUUAUUUGGUUGUUAUGUUUUAUUUUAUUUUUUAUUAUUUUUUGUGCUCUAUAUAUUAGAAUGACCUUAUCAAGUGAGGCCUUACAGCAUUCUUAUUAAGAAAAGGUUAUUUAUUUAUUGAUUUAUUGAUUUAUUUAUUUUAAAGUUCCAGUGCAAUAAUGUUGUUACUGUGUUCAUCACCAUAAUUCACGAAAAAAUAUUUAACAUUUAAAAAUUGUAAUGUGUCACUACUGUCAACCAGCUGGAAAGUACAGAACGUUUUGUUAGUACCAUAAACUACUGUGCUUUCGUAUUGGAAUGCAGCAUGGUACACUAGUUUGGUAAUGCAUUUUCGUACGCAUCCAAAGGAAGCAACUUUCCAUUGUUAAGAAAAUAAAUAUACUACAUUGUAAUACUGUACAUUAGAUUUCAAUUUUAAUCAUUCACUAAAACUUUUAUUUAACAGGGUUGUACAGUAUUUUCUCUACAUUUCUGACUGGAUAUCCCAUACUAAAGUAGACACAAACAAUAGAACAGUGUUUACUGAAAUUUGAGAAAUGUCAACACUAUUGGUUAUUGUAAAUUGUGCAACAACCCAACAACAAAUAAACUCCCUGUUUUAUUUUGCCGUAAUGCAAGUGUAACAGAACAAAAGGAAUCCAAAUCAAGCUUAGAUGCAAAAAGGUGCUAAACUAGCUUUUUUAUUUUUAAUUGCGCAAAUUUUGAAAGAAAAAAAAAACCUUACUAUGUACACGUUAUUUGGAAAAAAAAGUCUGUCAAAUGAAAAGGAGCCGUUAGCAAAUUUUUUUUAGAGUACUAGGAACAUGUUUACGGUAUUUCAAUUAUUUCACAUUUUAUGUGUAUCAAUUAUAUACUGAACAUGUAACCUUUUUUUAAAAAAAAACAACAUAUUUUAUAAGCCAUUCAGGUUUCUCAUGACUGAAAAACUUGUGAAUCUGUAUGCAAUUAAGUCAUGCUUAAAAUGUGUUUUGAUAAUGAUUAUUUUAGCUGAAUAUGUUGAUGAAGUACUUCUUGAGUGUUUGUAUAUAAACAGUAUACUUACAAUCGUUUUUGUUUUUAUCUACCAAAGUUUAUAGAUAGUAUAUUUAAAUAUACAGUAAGAGUAAUGCUCAGCUUUCAUUUGGAUUUGUAGAAAAAGAACACCAACGUCCAGUUAUAUUGAAUUGGUAAUUGUUGGUUGAAACA